AUGAAUACGGGCGAGGGAGCGCGAAAACGUGCUCGCAAGUCGCGCGGCACGGGGCUCAGAACCACCACCGGCUGCUUGACGUGCCGGAAACGGCACAAGAAGUGCGACGAAAAGCGACCAGUGUGUGGUCCCUGCUCCAUUUCGGAUCGUCGUUGCCUGUUUCCCCAGAAUUCGGAUGCCGCAUCGACUUUGGCGUCUGGGGUCAGCGGUGGAAAUUAUCGGCAGACUGAGUCGCGCCACGAGCAAGCCGCCUCGUCGCCGAUACCAGCCGCGACGCAGCAGCCGGAUGUGGUGGCCAACAGCUACGGCAGCCAGGCCGUGCCGCCAACCGGCGAGGAGCAGUUGACGGUGCAGUGCGAACACGAACAGGCCUUUAUUUGUUCGCCGCGGUCUAUAGCAUCCGGGACCUGGUCGGCAAACUUUGCAUCCAUUCGCUGGUUGGAUCUGCUAGCCAGCGAUGCAUUACAGGCAGACAGCAAUCACCCAUUGGCUACGGGUCUUCUGCCACCAGAUGAGCAAACACGAGGUGGUGAGCAAACGCGAGGUGCAGAGCAGCAGCCGCCGCAAACGACUUCUGUCUUUGUGCAUGUUUCACCUGCACUGUUGAAUGGCCAGGCCCAAUUACCAGAGAAUUUGGAUCCCGAGUUGGAGCGGACUGCGUGGCAAUCGGGCGGAGAUGUGAUACUCUCUGCGCACGAGGCUAUGCUGUUUCGCUAUUUCGCUGAUCGAUGUGCUUCGUGGCUCGACCUGUUUGACCCGCAUAAGCUCUUCUCCAGCUAUGCGAUCCGUCUGGCGAUUCGAAAUGCGGGUUUGAUGAAGGCGAUUCUGGCCUUGUCCUCGAAGCACCAAUGCAGCGGUAUCGACGCUGCCGCCCGCCAGCUACGCAGAGAUAUUGAUGGCGACUACGAAGAUGGAGAAUGGAUCCGGUAUUACUACGAGACUCUGCAAUACGUGCGCGAAACUCUCAAGUACCCUAGCUACUCUCAUUCCGAAGAGCUCCUGGCCACUGCGCUCAUAAUUUCCGUGUACGAAAUGCUCGACGAGUCGGAUGGCUCUGGUAACUGGCAGCGGCAUUUAAAGGGAAUCUUCUGGAUUCAGAGAUCCCAAGAUGUGGAUGGUGGCUGUGGGGGUCUGCGCCAGUCGGUUUGGUGGGCUUGGCUCCGGCAGGACGUGUGGGCGGCUUUUCGCGAGUCGCGAGCCUGUCUCAGCUUCUGGGUGCCGAAGAAAGCAAUUCACGAGCUUGAUCAGAACGAGCUGGCUGACAUGGCCAUCUACAUCCUAUCCCAGGCCAUCAACUAUCGUGCUAGUGUCCAAGCCGCAACGUCGCACAAUCCCGUCGACAAGACAAAGCUAACUAAGCAAAGAAGCACACUGGUAUCGAUGAUGGAGCAAUGGAAAGCUCACCUCGGUGAAGGCUACAAGGUGCUACCGACGCCCAAAGCUGCUGCUGGCCAGGUCUUUUCCCCGCUCUGGAUUCAUCCACCUCGGUUCGGCGCGGCGCUGCAGGCGUACAGCUUUGCGCAGAUCCUGCUCACACUGCACACUGUAGAAACACUUUCGACGGGCUUUCAUGGAUACUUGAAGAUGCAACGGACGCUGUCCGAGGCGGUCAACACGAUAUGCGGCAUCGCGCUGCAGCUCAAGGAUGAGAGCUGCCAGAUUCUCUCUGCGCAGUGCCUGUAUGGCGCUGGACUGUGUGUUACUGACGGGGAACAGAGGGCCAAGAUUAUAUCCUUGAUGGAAGAAUGUGAAGCUCGUGUCUGUUGGCCGCCAAUGGCCAUGUGGAGAAAAGACCUGCACAAGGACUGGGAGAGAGUAGACGCGGAUGAUUACAACAGCACGCGCGAUGACUAG